AAAAGAAAAGAGAAAGAAAAAAGAAAAAGAAAGGGGAAAAAAGGAAAAGAAAAGAAAGAAAGAAGAAAAAAAGAAAGAAAAAGAAGCACACACAAAAAGUGGAAACUUUUUCUCCCUGUCCACUUCAUCAAGUUCUGGAAAAUCAAAAUGGAUUUAGAGAAAAAUUACCCGACUCCUCGGACCGGCAGGACAGGACAUGGAGGAGUGAAUCAGCUUGGGGGGGUUUUUGUGAAUGGACGGCCACUCCCGGAUGUAGUCCGCCAAAGGAUAGUGGAACUUGCUCAUCAAGGUGUCAGGCCCUGCGACAUCUCAAGGCAGCUUCGAGUCAGCCAUGGUUGUGUCAGCAAAAUUCUUGGCAGGUAUUAUGAGACGGGGAGCAUCAAGCCUGGUGUAAUUGGAGGAUCCAAACCAAAGGUCGCCACGCCCAAAGUGGUGGAAAAAAUUGCUGAGUAUAAACGCCAAAAUCCCACCAUGUUUGCCUGGGAGAUCAGGGACCGGCUGCUGGCGGAACGGGUGUGUGACAAUGACACGGUGCCCAGCGUCAGUUCCAUCAACAGGAUCAUCCGGACUAAAGUACAACAACCCCCGAACCAGCCGGUCCCAGCUUCCAGUCACAGCAUAGUGUCCACGGGCUCCGUGACGCAGGUGUCGUCGGUGAGCACGGACUCGGCCGGCUCCUCGUACUCCAUCAGCGGUAUCCUGGGCAUCACGUCUCCCAGCGCAGACACCAACAAGCGCAAGAGAGAUGAAGGUAUUCAGGAGUCUCCGGUGCCGAACGGCCACUCACUGCCAGGCAGAGACUUCCUCCGGAAGCAGAUGCGGGGAGAACUGUUCACGCAGCAGCAGCUGGAGGUGCUGGACCGCGUGUUUGAGAGGCAGCACUACUCAGACAUCUUCACCACCACAGAGCCCAUCAAGCCCGAGCAGUGGUGCCCCGUGCUGAUGAGACAAUACUUGGUGCAGCCCCAGGCAGUCCUUUUCCAGACCACUGAGUACUCAGCUAUGGCCUCGCUGGCUGGAGGGCUGGAUGACAUGAAGGCCAACCUGACCAGCCCCACUCCCACCGACAUUGGGAGCAGCGUGCCCGGGCCACAGUCCUACCCCAUUGUGACAGGCCGUGACUUGGCGAGCACGACCCUCCCCGGGUACCCUCCGCACGUCCCCCCCGCCGGACAAGGCAGCUACUCAGCACCGACGCUGACAGGGAUGGUGCCUGGGAGUGAGUUUUCCGGGACCCCCUACAGCCACCCUCAGUAUCCCUCAUACAACGACUCCUGGAGGUUCCCCAACCCGGGGCUGCUCGGCUCCCCAUACUAUUACAGCGCCGCUGCCCGAGGGGCUGCCCCACCUGCAGCCGCCACUGCCUAUGACCGUCACUGACCCUCAGAGCCAGGCAGGCGCCAAGCACUUAUAACACAUAUCACUGAGGGCGAUAGCCUCUCAGCCCCUCUGAAGAUGGCCAGAGGGGCCCAACGAGACCAUCCCCCAGCAACCCCCCACUCACCUGAAACUCCCUCCCAACCUUUUCCUGCCAGGGACUCUGGGGUUCCAUGGUAAGGCUGUUGGACUUGUAGACAUGCGUCCAUUUCUAAGAGGCAAUCAGUGAGCUUCUCCCAACAGCAGCUGGGUCUCUGCAAACCAACGGACUAUUCUUCAGACAACUGUAGCCCCAGCCUAGCCUGCCAGUCCCCAGCUGUCUGACCAUCCACCUGUCUUCCUGCCCCAGGCCUGGGAAGGAGAGCUUGCUUUUGUCGCUUCAACAGCACCCAUGUAAAUACCUUCUUGCUUUUUUGUGGGCCUGAGGGUCCAGCUGAGCAGACAGCCCACCCAUUAUGCAUCCACUACUCCCGAUGUGUCACAGGAAAUCUUAGACCUGUGUGCAGAGUAUCCCCUCUGUUCUGGCUGCCCCCCAAGGGUGGGCUUGGAGUUUUCCUUGAGACUAAGGAUGCCCACCUCAGGGCCCAGCCUCCUGCUCAUUGCUACUUCUUUAACGUCUGGACUAGGAGUCUCAUUGGGCUAGUUAUGCUUCAAGCUUCCCCCCUGAGAACCCUCCUCAGGAGAAACACACUCUGGAGAGAUGCCCUGGCUUCCUGACUUCAUUUCCCUGGGCCCAAUGCAGUGUGAGCAGCUCUUUUCCAUAUCGAAGGACUCAAAGAGAACUGUCUGGGAGAGUCUUCAGCUACUACUCUAAAGUAAGAUGCUGUCCAAGGUGCUGACUGCAUUGCGGACUUUGAAUGCUAGGGCUGGACAGGACCCAGGAGACCAUAGUCCUAGGCGGGAACCCCAAGCCUCUGGAACCACUGAACUGAACUGGGACGUGUUUUCUGAGGAAUUCCCAGGUUCAUAUCACACCGGACACCCACCGUGGACAUUUCUCCCACCUCCAGGAUGCCAGAGAGUGGGUUCUGGGCAAGCCUGUCCCUGCCAUGUAGACAAUGAUUAACAAAAAGGACUUUCCUGCACUGAGGACCACAAACACCUACAGAAGUCAGCCAGAACUUCCUGAUCAACCCCUCCCCACCCUCGUGGAGCCUAGUAUGCAGCUGGGAAUAGAGGUGCUGGGGUGGGAGCAGAUGCCUAACCUUGCACAGUGGGUAUGUACCUAUUGAUGCAAGGGGUUGUGAUGGUCAGAGCCAUGGCCAGUGGCCCCAGGAGCCUGGAGAGGGGAGCUUGGAGAACUCACUGUGGGCUGGUGACAUCAGAAAAACCCACCUGGGAGGAUGCAGGGGACAGAGGAAGGCCUUCUGGGAAGAUUAGGACAGGCAGUGAGGAACUGGUGUCUGAACUGGGAGUGGUUUUGAAAUAGGGGUACCAGGGGCCACCAUCUCUUCUCCCAGGGCCUCAAUUCCUUGAAUAGUUUCUUUUUCCAACUCAGAACAGCAAGGUGAGGCACUACCCGAAUCUGGGCUGAAUUACAGUGAGAACAAUGGACGUUGCCAUCUCAUGUGACAGUGUCCCCAAUGUUGGCACAUCACCAAAUUGGCAAAGAGCUGGGGUGGAGAGAGCCUGAACUUGACGUUAUUGGGCCUGAGAGGUCUUGUCCUGGCCGUACCUUUUCCUUGCUGUGGGACCUCAGACAAGACGUUCACCUCUCUGAGCCUCAGCUGCCUUGGUAUAGCAGGGUCACCUGCAGGGUCAUCCUACAGCUCUCUCCUUGCCUUCCUCUUUCCCAGGAUGCUGGGGCUGUAACAGAGUCAUCUGGGGCAUGUCUUCCAUUUCUGAGCAACCAUACAGGGUGGGCACCCGAGUCCUGCUAAUAUUUGGACCAAAUAGGAAAUAAGAACACCCAGAGGCGUGGGAAUCAGCCUUGGGGAAGACCUAGUCCAACUUCCCUCAGGAGAAACUGAGGCCCCAUUUGGGGAAGCCCAGGACCAUGCAGGGAGAUAGAACAGACCUCCUCUGGCCACCACCAAGUGUUUUCUCCCCAACAUCCUACGAGGUGGUAGGACAGAAGAGGAAACUGAGGCUCAACAAGGUGGAGUCCCCAAGCAGUGACUGGCAGAGGUGGAGCUGGCAUUCAGCCCCCUGACCCCAGGAACAAGGUGAUCCUCCCAUCCUUGGGGAGGGCAGUUGAGAGUGAGGGCAGUGAGGGCAGUGGGAGGUUGCUCUGGGUCCACUGCCACAGAUGGAGUGUCCUGGGCUGUUAGCACUGCUGAGGGAGCCCAGCACCCAGGGCAGAAGUGGAGCCAGUGAGCUCACUGCAGGCACACCCACCACCUUGGAACCUUCUGGGCAAAGAAGGGAGGCAGCUGGGGCAGAGCCCACCUCUGAAAACAGGAUGAACGAGCUCCAGCCUCUACCUGCCAGACAAGGUAGGAGAAGGUAUGUUAGCUGGCCUCUCCUUUCCUCCUUCCCUUCCUCCCUCCCUUCUUCAGGAAGUAAUGGGGUCAGGCCUUUGACCUCUUGCAUCCUCAUCUUUGGAUCCUUGUUGCUCCUUGUGGUCUCAGGCUGUUGGGAGGUCAGCCUUCCCUGAACCAACAGCCUGAAGCGCACACUAAAGCCCAUCUGGCCCCAUACUGUUCUUUCUCCUUGCCCUGUGAUGAGCUCCCUCCAUGCCUUUCCUCUCUGAAGCUCUGCUGGUCUUCAGAUCGCAUUGGUAUUUAUUAGACAAGCACUUGAUUCCUGGGCUGCCAGGCAGAAGCACAAGAGCACAUGGACGCACACACAUGUUCUCACACAUGUACCUGCUUUCCCCAGCUCAGAGUUCCCGCACUGGUUGAGCUGCCCGGGAGCUCAGAGAGAACGGUUCUGAAGGACACAAGCCGUUGAGUAAAUGCCAGAGAAUUCUGAAUGAAAAACACAAGGUCGGGGCUUUCACCAGCAUCGUGGCUGGAGGCCUAGGGACCUUCAGCCCUAUGUUCCAGCUCUGACUUUUGGAAAAGGACCUUGUGAAUUUUAUGAAAAAGUUUCAUACCAUUAGUCUAGCUGCAGCCUUGAAAAUUUGAUGACAUAUCAAAUCCAACAUCCCUUUCCCAAGGCGCCAUAGUUAGGGUUAGCCUUUUCAUAACUGACAUUCGUAUGGUGCUUUGCCAUCCUUGACCAUUCUCUGGGGCAAAGAUCACAAUGCCCAUUUUACAAAUGGGAAAACUGAGAUUUGGGGCUUGCACGGUAAGAGCUGAAGUGAAUUCUCAGAUCUCCGGGCCCCGUUCACCCUCCACAGAAUUGCGCUCCUGUCAUGGGAGCCUAUGACUUAGACACACCCUUCAAUCCCUUAGAAACCCCCUAGGCCCACAAUGAGGAAAGAAAGAACAGGGACCCAGAGGCUGGCCUGACCAAAGGCCCUGCAGGCUGGUAGUUUUGCUGGUCUGAGUUGAUUUCCAUUAACACCAAGACCUACAAAGUCUUUGCCCAGAUUCACUCACAUCAGUGCUUCUGAGGUUUCGUCUGACUCCUUCCCUGCUGUGUCCCAAGACUCCGGUGGGAUCGGAUCUUGUCCAGGACUGUACCAUCAGCCCUGGCAGGGCCUGGACAUGGGCCCAGAUCUGACCCCUGGGGUCUAAGUUUCCAGUGGCAUGAGAUGUCUGUCGUGAGAUGUUAUGAGAUGUCCCUCACUCUUUUCUUUACCUAUCCCGCUGUGGUUCAGACUCUAGGCCUGGCUGUGACAAUAUGGGAGUCCCCUAGCAGGCCCAUUAGGGUACUCACAGGCCUGGGAAACACAGAUCACAAUCUCAAGGGCCCCAAACUGCUACUUUCCAGGUCAGGCAGGUGGAGUAAUCUUGCCACUCAGGCAGGGCAUGAGGCAGCAUGGGGUGGUGGGACCUAAGACAACCCGGUUGCUUACCCCAUUCAAUGGCAUUCAAGUGUGAAAGCUUUUAAAAUGCUCUUCUGGCCAAAAAAUAUGGGCGAAAUUUGACCCACUCACUGGCAACUAGCUUUGUGACUGUCAGCACAGAGCCCAGUGUGGGGCUCGAACUCAUGAACCACAAGAUCAUGACCUGAGCCAAAACCAAGAGACACUUAAUCGACCAAACCACCCAGGUGCCCCUGUGGCCCUCAAUUUUUGUCCAGUGCUCCCUUUCUUCUUCACCUCCUUUUUUUUUUUUAAGUGUAUUUGUUUUGAGAGAGAGAGACAGUGAGCAAGGGAGGGGCAGAGAGAGAGGGGGACAGAGGAUCUGAAGCAGGCUCUGUGCUGACAGCAGAGAGCCCGAUGCAGAGCCUCAAACCCACAAACGGUGAGAUCAUGACCUGAGCCAAAGGUGGACACUUAACCAACUGAGCCCCCAGGCGCCCCUGUUCUCCACCUCCUUGCUCUUCAUUGAAGAUUUCGGGGGAGAUGGGAGCCCAGAGAGAUGGAAGAUGCGGUUCAGAUUGGCCAGUCGCUGUCAGGAACAGGCACCCCAGUCCUUUCCACCUCCCUCCUUACCUGGGUUCUUGCAGGCCGUUUGGGCUUUGAAGGUGGGUACGGUAGAACAGUUGGAGGUGGUGGGGGGUGGAGGGAUUGUUGGUUUUGAGAGGAGGUCAGUGCUGCUGGGGCGUUUCCUCUGUGCAGGGAAGAGCCCCAGAUGUGGCCACAGGGCACUGAGGGGUGAAAUCCCUUUAUGAGAAGUCACAUCCCAGAGCAAUUUGCCCUGCCUUUUGCAGCCUCUGACACCAGCUACCCCCUUCUGGAUGACAUUUCAGCUAGAAUUUAGCUCCAAGCUAUGGGGAGCAAAUCUUAAAAACAAACCAAGCACUCCUGACAAAUACCUAGAAACAAGAUAUGUCUGAGACACAGCUGCCCUGAGGGUAGAGAAAAUCCAGGUCCCUGGAGAGGCCAGGCCCAGGCUGGUGUGGGUGGAUCCCAUAGCACUCAGCUAGACCAGCUCCUCGGUGGCCCCACUAAGAACCUGGCUCUGCAGCCUUGGCCUUGUCACCCAUCUACGCGCCUGUCUCUGAUGGUUUCCAGGCACGCACAUCGGUGCUCCUGGAGAAUUUAUUCCUUUCUUUUGGCCUCAGAGAGGUCCAAGGCAAGUGCAUUUCUUAAAAGGUAACAAAACACAUUAUUGGAAAAUUGGACAGUCAGGCCAUGACUCCUAGCCUGCAGUCUGCCCCACCUCCCAGCAGCCCCUUCAGCCCCUUGUCCCCUGAUGUCCCCUUACCUCAGGAUUCCCUCUUGCAUAUUCAUGGUGGAGCCAUGGUGUUGAUCUGCACUUCCCCACUGUCAGCUCAUGGCUGCACCUCCAGAGUGGCGGCCAGGUCCCGAGGGGCUGUGGGGAGGACUGGAAGCAAGUCCCUAGCCUGCCCGCUCUCCUGAGGAGGGGUCUGCAGUGUCUCUGACAUGGGCUGCUGCCAGGAGCAGGCAGGCACCAGACUUUCUUUCAUUCACUGUAAUUUCUCAACACUGGGGUCCCGUUCCUGGACCACCCCCACCCCAGGAUCAAAGGAGACGUCAGGAUCAUGUCCCUGCCAAUCUAGAGUUUGAGUCCACGUGUUCCCAGGGGUCCCAUUUAGCCCAUCUCUGAGUUAGGGGCAAAUGUAACCACCGUGCAGUAAGUCUAGAUAUUCCUCUUCCCACAUCUUAGACCCCUGAGCGGCAUAAGGAGAAAAUGCAGCUGUUUAUAUAUUUAUUGAGGAAAUCUUAAUGAAUUCUAAAAUGGGGUCAGUCUCAGGUAGUGUAUUUGGCCUGUGGGCAGGAAUCCCACCUUUCAGCUUUAGACAGCUCUGAGCAUGGCGUGCAGAAGGAAGUGUGAAAUAGGGGAAGGGCGAGACCGGGAGUUCUGUGCCCCCUUCCCUGACUCUGAGGCCUGGAUGGAGGAGGCCAAGCUGAGCCUCACCCGUCCCAACUGCGGGCCCACCCAGUCCUGCAACUAUGGCCACCAGGCCACCCUUAUCCCCCAAAGCACCAUGCUUACAACCAUGUCUCUCAUCUUCUCUAAAAGCACCAUUAAGAACAAGUGAUUUUGGAUGAUGGAUUUUUGAUUUACAAACGGUGCAUUUCCCUUGGAGUGGAACAGAAAGGAAACCAUUUAAUGGCUCCCUAUUUUCAAGCAUGAAUACAUUUUAAUGAAACUAUUUUAUUGUAUUUGAGGAAAUGGAGAGUUGAACAUUCCAACCAAUCAAUAGCCAAUUAAUUGCUAUAAAGCUAAAAAUAAAUAAGUCCUGAGUCUUUUUGAAAUGCCCUGCAAAGCUCAAAGCCUCCGGAUCAGGCCUUCCCCUCCAUAUGUGUGCAUGUGAGCGUGUACAUGCACAUACACACGCGCACCCCUGUACCUCAGACAUACUUGAAACUCAGAGAUCGUGCUGAGUCUCCUCAUGCCAAUUCUUGCCUGCUCUCCUCGCCUUUGGUCAGAGAUGGUGAGCAGACCUAGCAGCAGCCCAUCCCUUGGCCCAAGCCACCAGCUCAGAGUGGGGUAUUGUGGGCACUGAGGGCCCCCUCCUUGGCCCCAGCUGCUGGGCCUCUAAGUCUGGGCGGAGGGUGGAAAUCUGACUUGGGUGUUGCCCUGACUCUUGCUGGAAGACACUGCCCCGGUUCUUCACCCUCUAGUGGCCUUUGGACAUUGACUAUUUAUAGAAAUAAAUGCAGAUUACAUUGCAAAUGGAACUCUUUGCCAGGAAGACACAUGGAUUUAGCUUUUCAUUCUUUGAGACAGUUGACUUUGUCUUAGGGACUGACCUUCCAGCAUCAAAGAAAUACAUAUCUACUAUAUCCGCCAAAGUUUGUGAUGCCUGCAUAGACGCUUACUUGUAAAAAAAAAAAAAAAAAUACAAAAAAAGUACAAAAAAACAAAAAACCACAAUUGAAUUGCCUUUGAAAGUAGGAGAUGAUCUGUCUCCAACAGAUUGAAAAAAAAAAUGCUUCUUAAAAAUGUGUAUGUUUUGUAUUCUUUUUUUCUAGUAGAAAUACCUGACUUGAAAUAUUGGUGGUUUUUUUUUUCUUAGUGACGUGUGUUGCUUUUGUGUGUAAUAAUAUUUGAAUGUAAUUACAGCAGUGCCGAUUUGCCAAAGAUGUUGGACAUAUUUUUCUUUUGUUGGGAGGAGGGCAGGGGCUUGGGGUGGGACUUGGGAGAAAACAGGGGUGGGAUUUUGGUUUCAUUUUUUACCUUUUUUUUUCUUGUCAAACUUGGAAUUUGUGGUUUCAUUCUAAGUUAAAUGGUUGACUGCAACACUUUUCUUUUAGAUUAGUUGGAGAAACUUGCAAUAAGAUUGGCGUAGUUUCAAUAUCUGUGUGUCUUUUCAUGAGUGACUGUUACUUGUGAAGGAUUGAUUUUAUGUAACCUUUAUGUGAGAUAAUUAUUUGUAAAUAUUUGCCAUAAUUUUAUUGGUUCCUAAAAUAAAAGUAAUUUUUUAAGUUCA